CUUCUUUUUAGUUACCGUCUGGCACCAGAACACCGGUACCCGGCAGCGUUUGAGGAUUGUCUGAAGGCCGCCGCCCACUUCCUACAGACGGCCCCAGAAUUCGGAGUUGACGCUUCUUCCGUCAUUAUCAGUGGAGACAGUGCCGGGGGAAACCUCGCGGCCGCCGUGUGUCAGGCUCUUGUAGAGCGGACAGAUCUUCCGAAGCCCCUGGCCCAGGUUCUGAUUUAUCCCGCAGUCCAGGCCAUUGACUUCCAUUUACCGUCCUACAUCCAGAACCGGGCGGUGCCCAUCCUGUACCGGGAGCGCGCCGUCUUCUACUUCAUGAAUUACAUAGAUGGAGACUUGGAGAUGAUGGACGAGGUUCUGAAUGGAGACCACGUCCCCGUGGAACUGAAAGUCAAGUUCAGGAAGUGGUUGGGGGCCGAGAACAUUCCGGAGGAAUUUAAGGUCCGGGGGCACAACCUCCGAGUCAUGUCUUCCCACGAUGAAGACGUCUAUGAAGCCCACAAGAGGGCCCUGGAGCCCAGCUUGUCCCCAUUGCUGGCCGAGGACUCCGUCAUCCGCCAACAACCAAAGACUUACAUUCUAACCUGCGAGUUCGAUGUUCUGCGCGAUGACGGCAUUCUCUACAAGAAACGCCUAGAGGACCACGGAGUCCCGGUCACCUGGUACCACGUGAAGGACGGCUUCCACGGCAUCAUCAACUUCUUCGAUGGCGGAAAACUGUCAUUUCAAUCCGGGAAGCUCGCCGUGGACAACAUCCUGAAUUUUAUCAAUGGGAUUUGAGAAUUGAUUGUGGAAAGUUUCUUCUAAGGGCCCGGAUUAGGAGGUGGCUUAAGAGUGCCCGGGACCACCUUAUACGAGGGACCACCAUAUACGAGGGACCACCAUAUACGAGGGACCACCAUAUACGAGGGACCACCAUAUACGAGGGACCACCUUAUACGAGGGACCACCUUAUACAUGGGACCCCCUUAUAUACACGGGACCACCUUAUACACGGGACCACCUUAUACACGGGACCACCUCACCUACAUGGGACCACCUCACCUACAUGGGACCACCUUAUACGAGGGACCACCUUAUACAUGGGACCCCCUUAUAUACACAGGACCACCUUAUACACGGGACCACCUUAUACACGGGACCACCUCACCUACAUGGGAGCCCCUUAUACAUGGGACCACCUCACCUACACGGGACCACCUCACCUACGCAGGACCACCUCAAUUACAUGGGACCACCUUAUACAAGGGACCACCUUAUAUACAUGGGACCACCUUGUACAAGGGACCACCUUACUUACAUGAGACCACCUUAUAUACAUGGGACCACCUCACCUACAUGGGACCACCUUAUAUACACGGGACCACCUUAUACACGGGACCACCUUAUACACGGGACCACCUUAUACACGGGACCACCUCACCUACAUGGGAGCCCCUUAUACAUGGGACCACCUCACCUACACGGGACCACCUCACCUACGCAGGACCACCUCAAUUACAUGGGACCACCUUAUACAAGGGACCACCUUAUAUACAUGGGACCACCUCACCUACAUGGGACCACCUCACCUACAUGGGACCACCUUAUACGAGGGACCACCUUAUACAUGGGACCCCCUUAUAUACACGGGACCACCUUAUACACGGGACCACCUUAUAUACAUGGGACCCCCUUAUAUACAUGGGACCACCUUAUAUACACGGGACCACCUCACCUACACGGGACCACCUCGUCUACGCAGGACCACCUCAAUUACAUGGGACCACCUUAUACAAGGGACCACCUUACUUACAUGAGACCACCUUAUAUACACGGGACCACCUUAUACAUGGGACCACCUUAUACAUGGGACCACCUUAUACAUGGGACCACCUUAUCUACAUGGGACCCCCUCACCUACAUGGGACCCCCUCACCUACAUGGGACCCCCUUACAUUUUGUUUUUUAUUAAAUGUUUGAUUUUGGGUUUUACACAAAAA